AUGAACUAUUCACCACAAGUCAAGGGGGAAGAGAGACAAUUAGAAAAGUUGCCUUUAAAAAGAUCAACAUCCCAUGACCAAACAGUUCCACUCUCAGAAGGAGCUAAAAAAUUACAAAGAUGUAAAUCUGAAGAAGUCCCUUUCCCAGUCACAACUAAUAGUAAUAACAGUACACCUACUCCUACGCCAAAUACAUCAUCAUAUUUGAAUAACCCGCCAGGUUUAUCUAUUCAUCACUACAAUACUAAUGGUAACCAAAGUUCUACUGGUCAUAGACCUGUAACUUCGUGUACGCAUUGCAGACAACAUAAAAUUAAAUGCAAUGCUAGUGACAACUUUCCGGCACCAUGUUUACGAUGCGAAAGGAUGGGAUUAAAUUGUCAGAUCGAUCCACAGUUCAGACCAAAGAAGGGAUCCCAGUUACAAAAUUUACGCCGAGAUGUUGAUGAAUUAAAAUUAAAAAUUGAAUACCUCACUAGAAAUGAGAGUUUAAUCGCAAGGGCCUUACAGCAGAGCAGUAUGGGCCAAGAAUUAAUCAAUACCCUAAAGGCAAUUGAUGUUACUAAAGCUAAUGAAUUAUCCAAUACUCAACCUGCACAGAAAUUACAACAAAGACCCCUAAGAACGACUCCACAACAUGAUAAAGUGUCUGUACAAACGUACCUGGGCGCUAGUAAGCCACAUUUGUUGCAAAAAGAUACGAAAGAUGAAAAUGGAAAUGUAAAUAAUGGAACCGGUAACAUUUACAAAAAAGAUAUUCCGUUAGUUUUGCAAAUGGCGCUACAAAGAAACCGCAAUAUCACGGGGACGGAUUCACCAAGUAAUAAUGAUAAUAGUAAUAUUCACCAUAAUACCAACACACCAGGUUCUCAGAGGGCAAGUCCGUCUAUGUCACCAAUGACAAACUCUUAUAGUGGAUCGAAAAGACAUGAUACUGGGAGUACUGCUAACAGCCAGGAUGACGUGCCGUUAUCGAUAGAAAGCGAUAAAAAUACUAAUGGUAACGAUACUAAUUGUAAUGAUGAUAAUGAUAAUUGUGAUAAGAAUGGCACUAACCAUAACAGUGAAGGUGAUAAUGAUGCAUAUGGCAAAAAGUCACCUGUAGUAGCUACUACUAAUGCUAUCCCACUUUUGCCUUCCCCUCAUGCUGGAAUUGAUGAAUUCGUCAUAGGAGAUGUAAGAAUUUCCAUUGAAAAGGCAAAUGAACUUCAUGAAAUAUUUGUGACACGAUAUUUACCACAUUUCCCUAUCAUGUGCACUAACAAUGAAACUGAGUUGUAUUCACAAUCGCAGCUUUUGUUCUGGACUGUUAUGCUUACAGCAUGCUUAUCCGAUCCAGAGCCCUCUAUGUACAUCCAAUUGGCUGCACUAAUUAAACAAUUAGCCAUUGAAACGUGCUGGAUUCGUACUCCUAGGUCGACAUAUAUUACUCAGGCCCUUUUAAUCCUUUGCAUUUGGCCCUUACCAAACCAAAAAGUUUUAGAUGAUUGUUCUUACAGAUUUGUUGGAUUGGCAAAGAGUCUUUCAUAUCAACUGGGGUUGCACAGAGGUGAGUUUAUUUCUGAAUUUACCAGAACUCAAACUUCUAUGCCUGACGCUGAAAAAUGGAGAACAAGAACCUGGUUAGGUAUAUUCUUUGCCGAACUUUGUUGGGCAAGUGUCUUGGGUUUACCGCCAACCUCGCAAACAGACUAUCUGGUGGAAGAUGCCCGAAUGGGUGCUGAAGAGUACGAGUCGCCAUCUCAAGUGAAAGAAGAAACGAACACAUUUAAUGACAACGAAUUCCAAAGUGGUAAUGAUAAUUUAAAGAUUAACGAUAAUUAUGACAAUAAACAUAAUAAAACAAGUGACAACAAUAAAAAGACUAAGCUACCUCAGAACUUCCGUAGGUUAAUUUGUUUGGCACAUUUUCAAGCCAAAUUGUGCAAAGUGAUGGGAUCCAGUGUAGUGAGUCCCGAUGGUCUUAUGGAACCAAGAGAUCGUGCCACCUUACUGGGAAAUUUAGAGAGAGAAUUGGAAAGGUUGGAUAGGACCCUGAAUUUUGGACGAGAUAGCGCGGUUUGUAUCUACUACUUGUACGUGAAACUGAUGGUUUGCUGUUUUGCAUUUUUGCCUGGAACACCGACUACAGACCAAAGCCAAUACGUGACCGAAGCCUAUUUAUGUGCUAUCAAGCUUGUAACGCUAUUGGUGAAACUUUUAGAGAAACAACAAUUGAUUGAAUUACCAAUCUAUAUUAGACAAAGUGCUUCGUAUGCUGCAUUGAUCCUGUUCAAGUUGCAAUUAACGCCAUUACUUUCUGAAAAAUAUUUGGAUUCCGCGAGGCAGUCUAUCGUUACGGUGCAUAGAUUGUUUAGAAAUCAAUUAAAUGCAUGGGCAACUGGGGUGGAAAAUGACAUAUCUAGAACUGCAAGCGUUUUGGAAAAAUUGAAUUUCGUUUUAAUUACGCAUCCGACUGUUUUUGUUGAAGAAGAAGGGAUUAUUUCACGUAUGAGGUCACAUUUAACAGGUUCACUUUUUUACGAUUUAGUGUGGUGUGUUCAUGAAGCGAGAAGAAGAGAGAUGGACCCUCAAUACAAUGAAGAUGCUUUGAAGAAAGCUUCCGCUAAACGUAAAGCUCUUGGCGAUGAUCCACCAUUUGCGGCAUUCAAUAGAAGGCUGUAUCCAUUGCCAUUCUACAACCACAUUUCAAAGGAAGACUUUGAAACCGUCAUUCAAACGACGCCUCGUGGAACCGCAGUGAGUACGCUUGUCCCCACGGAGACCGCUUUAAACAAUGCUAAGAACUUGGCAGAGAAAAGGAGAAAUUCGGAUGGUUCUAUCUUGGAAAUUAACGGUAUCCCACUUUCCAUGUUGGAUGAAACUGGUAGUGUGAAUUUGGAAUACGUCUCGGGAAGUGGAGCUAAUGCUAACCCUGUUAAUGGAUCGACUGCGGCUGUCACUGAAAAUGGUCCAUCAACGCAACCAAUGAUGGGCAAUGGUUCUUCCAAUUUUGCAGAUCCCCUGACACAAUCUUUGGGUUUGGAGACUCCCCUAGUUUAUAAAGCUGUGAGAAGAAAUGCCGGCAUCAAUGGAUCUGGUAUACAAACCAUGCCGACAUAUUUGAAUGAAUCCAACAUGCAAAGAUCUAAUAGUACUCCGGUACAACCAACAGGAGGAGAGGCAAGUGCCGCGCCAUCACCAAUGGCCGUACCCCAUUCAGCAGGCUCCACAGUACCAUCAAGUUUCAUUUACCAAAGGCCAGGUAAUGCCAACUCUCUAUUCAACAUCCACAAUAGUUCAUUCCCAUCCUCAUUGAGCAGAUCCUUGGCUCCGGUACAAGAAAAGGAUUCUACUGAUACUAAUUCUAAUACUAUCUUGACUAAUAAUAGCUCUGGAGGUGACAGAAAUGCCGGUACCAAGGUAAAUUUGGAUAGUUAUCCUAAUUUAAACCUUUUUUUAAAUGGAAAUCAGCCAGUGCCAGCAUCUACCACUAAUCCGAAUCCCACUACCAAUCCCAAUCCCAAUCCCAAUACCAAUACCAAUACCCAUGGAACUGUUAAUGUAAAUGGUAUGUCUAAUGUUCCGGUCGAACUAAACGGUAUAGGAAGGAAUCCGAUUAAUCAACUUUCCGAGCUAGAUACAUUUUUUCAGCAACAGAGCACUGGGUGGCUCGAGGGAAACUCAAGUAAUGACGAUUUUCUUGGUUGGUUUGACAUGGACAUGGAGCAAAAAUUUUAG